AUGUUCCAUGUGCCUAGUUUUAUGCGUCGACUGAAUGAAGGCACAGCAUUUAUAGUGCACGUCUACGCAAUGUGUGCUCUUGCUGCCAGAUAUUCUAACAAUCCAAUCUUUGAUGGUGUCUCUCCUUGCUUUCGUGGGAAGAUCUUUGCUUCAGAAGCCGUGCGACUCUGUCAGCAACACACCGCCUCGCCCAGUUUAGAAACCGUUCAAGGUUUCAUUUUGAUCUCGUAUUUCUUUGCAGGAGAGGGAGACGUACAAGCGAAACACAUUUAUGUUGGACUUGCUCGGCUGCACGCAGAAGCUCUCCCGAUUCCCGACAUUUCCAAUGACUCGAAUGUUGUAUACAAGGAAGAAUAUCGCCGAACCUGGCUUUCAGUCCAUAUUGCCAACCAUUGGGCUGCUUCCGAUAUGUCCAUAGAGCCAAUGGGAUUUGGAAGUGGCCCGCAAUUUCCUCCAGCAAUAGACGACGUAUCGUUUCAUAAGCCAUGCCCACAGCCUUCGGGUGGAAGUUAUAUCUCGACAAUCCCCCAUCGAGACAUGUGGGCCCAGAUGGCGAAAACGCUCGAUAUCUUUACCGAGAUAAACAGAUUACUACGGAAACUCAGUCGCGGUAUCAUUUCAUUUGAUGAUUAUUGUACCCAGGCUGCCGUUUUGGAAAGUCGCCUUGAUCAAUGGGCGGCAAAUUUACCAUCCGAUUUGCGCUAUAAUAUAACCAAUAUCAUGCUCUUCGUCGACCAACAACUUGGUAGAACAUUUCUGUCCAUGCAUAUUGGGUAUUAUCAUUUUCAACAAAUGCUUCUGUUCCCAUUCUUGGAUGCACGAGCGGCCCGGAGUACUACAGAAAGUGCCGUACGACAUGGAGCUACAAAAUGCAAAGAAAGCGCCGAGUUGGUUUCUGAGAUCUUGAGGUAUUCUACCGAGAUUAAGAAUUGCGAGCUUGACUAUUUCAUCUACGGACAUAUCGCGGUUGUUAGCUCUUGUGUUCAUCUCCAUACUCUACUGUUUAGCAGUAUCUCCCUUGAACUUGAUAUGGCACGACAACGGCUGCUCUCAAAUUUUCAGUACCUAAUGAGUCUCAAAUCCUAUUGGCCUGUUGUUCAGUACUCGGUUACUCGUCUACAAGCAUUCCAAAAUUCAUGCAGGGACUCUGUCUCGGAUCCCUUUGCUAUGGAUAACUGGAUGGCUCGCUUCUUGACCGAGCAUUCCUCAGUCCUUUCAGAGCGGCAGCUAAUCGUACCGUAUUCUUCUGAUCUUCGAACAUACCCAUCAAUUGGUCACAUCACUGAUUAUAGGGCCAUCUUGCCCGCGAUAAUGCCAUCAUCCUGA